AUCUGUAUAAUUUUCUUUUCCAGGAAAUUUGAAUGUUACUCUUCAAGUGUGGGAUGUAGGGGGACAAACAAUUGGAGGCAAGAUGCUGGAUAAAUAUAUUUAUGGAGCUCAGGGUAUUCUUUUGGUGUAUGAUAUUACCAACUGCCAGAGCUUUGAAAAUUUAGAGGACUGGUAUAAUGUGGUUAAAAAAGUGACUGAAGAAUCAGAAAUGCAACCACUUGUGGCCUUGGUUGGAAAUAAAAUUGACUUGGAGCAUAUGCGCACAGUGAAAGUUGAUAAGCAUCAGCGAUUUUGUCAGGAAAACAAUUUCAGUAGCCAUUUUGUGUCAGCCAAGACAGGAGAUUCUGUCUUCCUGUGUUUUCAAAGAAUUGCUGCUGACAUCCUUGGCAUCAAAUUGAACAAAGCAGAAAUGGAACAAUCACAGUAUAAAAACCGCAUGGGGUGCAGCUUUGUUCCUUGGCAUUGGCAAGAGCAUGUUGUCAGGGCAGAAAUAGUGAACUACCCUGAAGAAGAUAACCAACAUCACAACACUUCCAGCUGCCAGAGUAAAGUCUGCUCAAUGCAGUAGUUCAGGUAUUGAUGUAGAAGUU